UGCACCUAAAGGGGAAUGGUCUUAAUCCAAAAGAUUAAUUCAGAAAACCAGACCCUCAGAUGGGCUCUUGAUGUUUAUUCUUCUACUAUACUAUGGAAUACUGUUGAGGUAGCAAGAUGGGAACACAAAACCCGAGUUCUCAGUAGAGUCUGUGGCUCUCCAUACACUGCAUGUUACUGCCUGGGCGCUGUCAUCCUGCUGCUUAACUUUAUACGGAGCCAUUGUUUCACGGAAGCCAUGAGGAGCCAACCGAAGCUGGAAGGUCUGGAUUGCCUCUAUGUCUACUACGCAGGCUUGGCUGUUCUCGGAAUAGGUUUCUUGUUCGUCAUCUCCAGUUUUUUAGCCCUGGGAUUCAUCGGGACGUUUUUGGGCGAUUACUUUGGCAUCCUGAAGGAGGAGAAAGUGACAAGCUUCCCGUUUAAUGUAAUGGACAAUCCCAUGUACUGGGGCAGCACUGCCUGCUACCUUGGCUGGUCCAUCAUGCAUGCGAGCCCAGCUGGCCUUUUACUGACAGCUGUAGUGGCGGUUUCUUAUAUGAUUGCAAUGCUGUAUGAGGGACCCUUCACGGAAGAAAUCUAUCAGCAGAAACAGAAGACGUCAAAGAACAAAUAGCAGCAGACGGUGUGUUUGCAGAGUACUGAGGAGAGCGCAAGAGCCGGGUGAUUUCAAUAAGGGGAGUCGGUCUGCUGGGCCAUCCACCUGCGCUUUGACGGGAUACGAGAACUCAGCCUGACUUCUAAUUAUGCCCUUCCCCAAGCUUUGCAUUCGCUGACUCUUUCUAAUCCCUCUCUCUAGUUCUCAAGAGAUUUUGAACUUCAAACCCCCACAAAACCCAGCUAGGAGGGUUUCUUCACAAUGAGUUUUGUUCCCACCUCCCAGUUGGUUCCAAAACAGCCAAGACGAAAGUGUUUUGAUUAUAGGCUUGAACGUGAAAUAAAGGCAAAACCGGCAGGGAACCUUGAAGUUAAAUAUUUAACCUCUAUAAAGCUGCAAGAAAAACCCAGCUACUGCAUGAGGCCAGGGUUCAAAUGUAACAGGCGCGAUUGUGCAAAAGUGCACACGUGCUCUGUGAGCCUGCAUUGUGGACAUGCAAACCAGGUAAAGCCAUGCCUGACUGCCCCAUUGCAAGUGGAAAUCAGGUCAUUCCAGACACACAUUUGCACAUGCUUGUGUUAUGAAAAUUUAGCCCAAGCAGUCUGAUUUUUAGACUUGCACGUGUAAAGGCCUGUGCAAAAAGGCUUGGGCAAGUACCUGGCUGGUCUGCAUGCACAGUUACUGCCAUUGCACCUUUUGCUAGUCUUAAAUUCACCAAAAUUUGGUCAAGAUUUUCAAAAGUGACCAGUGAUUUUGGAGGCCACAAUUUUUGGAUGGCCAGAGUGAGACAUCUUCAAAGGACUAAUGAUCAGGAAGUGCUGAGUGGCCAUCGGGCCCCGUCAAAGUGCCUCAAGUUGGGCAUUCAAAAUCACUAGUCACUUUUGCCAGUCUUGGACAAAGCCCUCUUAAGCUUCCAGCCUACUCUUUAGCAUCAAUGCGCAUCAGAUUAGACCUGCCACUGGUCCUACAAAGCAUGCCUCAUCGCAGCCAAAAGGAACCAUGCAAGAACCGGUUCUCCAAAGAAUUCCCCUUUGAAAUGUAUCUUGCUAAUUAGCCAAACCAACCCCAUCCUGCCAACGAAUUAUACCACAGCAGUUGUAACAAUCAGAGAAACAGCCAGAAUAAGAGAGCUAAAAGCACUUGCCGGGACCCAGGAGUUCUGUGUGGCCCAGUCUACCCUUUAUGUCUUCUCCUUUUGCCCUGGCUCACAAAAGCUGCAGCAGAUACACAAAGAAAGUAGUCAAGAAGAAGAAGAUUGGCUCAGAGGACUAUCAUGCAGCACCUUUCAACCUUUCUCCCACCCAUCUUGGAAGGAAGCAAAAUCAGUUUUUAGAAACCAACAAAACAAAACAAAACAACCCCAGCAAAACAAAGCCCAGCUGUAUUUUCUAAUUAAAGGGCCCAUGAAGUAGUAAACAGGGCCCUGGGGGGACAUUUGUAAAUAGUUUCUCAGGACAGCAGUCACCUGUUCCACCUAAUCUUUCAUGCAGAUGUCCCUGGAAUGAGACUGUUAAGUAGAGUGACUUUCAAAAGGCUGUACAGUAUUGAUGUCCGAAGUAUUCAGCUAACACUCUGCACUUUUAAUACGGUGCAUUUAAUCUAGGCAUGAGCUGUAAUUGCACCGUUUGCUUGUAAAGUCGACACCUCGGACUUUGGCAGGCAUCCCGGUUUCUCUGAAUCCUGUGGUGAUUUUGCAAAUAGCCUCUAUUGUGAAGGAGCGUGAAAUACAUCAUGACUCCACCAGUCAGUGGGGGCAGAGCUCCAUCCUCGUGGAUCAGUUGGUGUCCCACGGAAGGAGGCGCUCUGCCGUCUUUGAACCAGCCACGGAGAAGGAAGGGAGGUGUCUGCAAAGCACUGUGAACUGGGAUCAUGUUCCUAGGGGAGCAGGGCGAACGGAAGCACCGUGCGAUGAGCGUAUUUCACCAGGGGGAAAUAAUGUGGGCACCUCCGAAAAGGGAAGAUGGCAGUGUUGUCUGGGGAGUAGCUCAACGGGUUGGCAGUUGGGGCUCCUGAGUGCCUGAGCUCUGCCACUCGCUCAGUGGACGUUAGGCAUCUAAUUACCCUUGAAGAUCUGGGCCUUAGGGCUCCGUUGUUAGAACUGUUGAGCCCCCGUAACUCCAGUUGAAGUCUAGGAGAGCUGCAGGUACAAUCGUGGCCUGUGCCUCCCAUCGGUAACGCUGACCCUACCCUCACAGGGCUUUGGUGAGGCUUAAUUUAAAUUAACGUGCGGAAAGUGUUUUGAGAUGCUGGGCUGCAAGGUGCCAUGGCAGGGCACUGGGUCUCUCCGGACAAGGGUCCCUGCAAAGAAUCGAGCCCUGAUUCACUGUAGUCUCUACUGAGCUGCCUUUCGACUGGCUCAUGCCCCAUGUCUUUUUGUUCCACUCACUGACUUGCUACAUGUUUAUUGACAGGAGUGAUUUGAUGGCGGUGCAGGGACAGCGGCUACUUGUUUGGUGCUUGAUCAGAGCGCAGGCGGGGUUUGCUGUGCAGCGUGAAAGCUCAUCAGACCCCCCUCUUCUCUCUCUCUCUCUCACUCACACACACACACACACACACACACACACACUCUCUCCCUCUCUCCUCUCUGCUACAAAAUGUUGUAUCCUGGAUGAAGCAAAUGACCUCAGACAGUGUUGCCGAAGCACAGUGCCGCAUGAGGAAUGUUCCAUUUUUCCUCCAGUCCUUUUUGCAGAGAGCCUGCAUUUCUGACCACCUUCCCCACUGCACACAAAGCGUCGCCAGUGCUAAUGAUCUUUUCAUCUCUGUCCCGCUGUGGGGGUUUUAGGUUAUUUUUCUUUCUUCCCUAUUGUUUUCAUUAGCAUUGAGCCAUUCAGCCAUCCCCUCUGCACACCAGGGAUUGAAAUCCUAGCCCUUGUGUCUAGUUAUUCAAAAGAUAGUAGGGUUCGAAUUCAUUCUGAAGGGGCAUGGCGAAGGGUUAAAGCUCCCAGCCUGAGUGAACGAUGUUUAUGGACUCCUGUGAUGGUUAGAGGCACUCUGAGAAGAAAGCCAUGGGAAGAGUCCGUUUUAGCGAGGGAAUGGAAAGCCGCACGAAGGGGAGCUUGCGUUGUUAUUGAAAGGAAUUGGAGUUAAAAUUAGAGAUUGGGAGUUAGAACUCCUGGGUUCCUAGGACACCACUGACCCACUCCAUGAUCUCAGGAAAGUCACUUAAUCUCUCCAUGCCUCUGCACCCCCAUUUAUGCAUUGGAAGUAAUAAUCUGACCCACGGCCCAGCAUUGUUGUGAGUAUUAAGUAGUGUUGGUGAAGCACGGAAAUCGUUGGCUGGAAAGAACGACAACGCUUGGUAUAACUGAGCAUGAGACUGUCCUUAGUAAAUUCCAGUCGUCCUCUUAUUCCCUGUAUUGUCUGCCGCCACCCUUGGUUCCCCCUGGAUUUCUUCUCUCAGUCGCACCCAAACAGUCCAACAUCCACCUGAUUUAUUUCCUCCGCACAUUUCACUUCACGUCUCUGAAACUCCCCACCUCUCUUUGGUUUUACCUUCUGAACUGGCUCCAGCAUCCGGGAACCUUUGCGCGGGUGCCAGGAAGGAGGGGGGAAAUUGCCAUGGCACAAAUGCUGAUUUUUCUGCAAAUAAAAUGAAACCCCCAAACUCUGCCAGACCAUGUGUCACCUGUUGGUGCUUCUGUUUCCUCCUCUCGAGUCCACCCCUGUAAAAUAGUGGAACGUGCUGUAGCUUUUGCAUGGUUGUGAUUUGCUCCGUUCAGCCUUUAUACGUCACUGCCCUGAUGUUACCAAAAGAGAAUUAAAUCCGUUUUUGAAUCAAAA